UUUCUUUCUCUUCUUUUAUAUAUUUUAGAACUUAAAGAGAGAUUAACAGAUCUUAAUUUUUAGGUAUAUAUAAUAAAGGCAGCACAAGCAAUGAGCAGAGGCGGAAGCUACGGUGGCGGGCAGAGUUCCUUAGGUUACCUUUUCGGCUCAGAUGAACCACCAAGUAACGCUGCACCGCCUUCCCGGAUUAUUAACCUACCACCGUAUGGUAUUGAUACCAUAGAACAGGAGGAAAAGCCUCGACAUGACAAUCCAUCUGAUAAGAAUAAGCACAAUAAGGUCACUUCAAACAAUUAUCACCGAGCUGAAGGCCAGAAUUCUGGCAACUUCAUUACUGAUCGUCCGUCAACAAAAGUGAAGUCAGUGCCUGGAGGAGACUCAUCUCUCGGGUAUCUCUUUGGAGAUAAGUAAUUAUUAAAGUUUCUUAAUUUUCUGCAGCUUUUAAUAAUGGAUUAAUUAGGCUUAGUUAAUUAAGAUAGUAUUUGGAUUUCAAGUAGCUUGUGAGAAUAAGGGAUUAUUAGUGUUCUUAUCCCCCAUCAUCAAUGUUGUAAUGAAUCUGUAAGUGAAGUGUGUGGUUUCUGGUCUUGCAAUCUGCAGUUAGUGAUUAGCUUAAUUAGUUAAUAAUGACUGUGGUAAGACUAUAUGUAGACAUAAAUAUUUUUCUGCAAUAAGAAAAGCUAGUUGUUUCCUAUUA